AUGGCUGCAUUUUUAAUCGCUUCCGGAGCCGAACUCAACCCAUCAACCGGAGUUCCUGCUCUCCACAAAGCUGUCGACCAGAGCUCGCUUCCGAUCCUAACUCUCCUCCUCGAAAAGGGCGCCAAUGUAAACUUAAUCACUCCGCAAUCGCACGGAACGCCUCUCCAUCACGCCUGCGCCUCCUCUCGCAACCCCGUUUUACCGCUUCUCCUCCAAUGCCACGCCGAUGUGAACCUCAAAGACGAGCAAAACCUCACUCCUCUCAUCUACGCAGCCAUCAACACAAACGCAGCAGCGAUUUCGCUGCUUCUAAACAGCGGAGCCGAUCCGCUGAUCACACUCCCAGACGGCGAAACGGCUCUCCAUGUCGUGAGCGAUGCAGGCCAUUUGCCGUCCGUGAAAGCGUUUACAGAGCACGCGUCCAUUCAACAGACCGCCAAUUUCGGCGAUUCGAAGAAUGAAACGCCCAUUGUGUAUGCGGCGAGAGCGAAGCACGCGGAGAUCGUGGAGCUGCUGCUUCCAUUCACGACGUCGAUGGCAGGAAAAACCGUUUCGGAGCUGAUGGAGGAGUUUAAAGCGCCCGAACCUGUAAAAGAAGCAGACACAGAGAAAGAAAAAGAAAAAACGAAUCCAGAAGUGGAUUUGACUGCUGAGCAAGCGGUGCAACUUCACCAGAUGAAGGUGGAGGGAGUAAAGCGAUUCAAUGCGAGUCAGUGGAGUUCUGCGAAGGAUUUGUUCAUCCAAGCGCUGGAAUUGAAUCCGGGCGAUGUCGUGUUGCAUAGCAAUUUGAGUUCUUGCUAUUUGAAGAUGGGAGAAUUGGAUAAAGCCAUGGAAGAAGCGGAGACAUGCAUUCGAUUGCAGCCGAAGUGGUGUAGAGGGUAUUACCGAAAGGGAAUGGUGUUUUUUGAGCGGAAGGAAUACGUAGACGCCGCUACUUCCUUCUAUCAAGGAUGCGAAAUAGAUCCAAGCGAUAAGAAGCUGUCGCAAAUGGUAGAAAUUGUACGGUGUGAAUCAUGUGUAGUUUAA